AUGGCACGCGUUUACGCCGACGUCAACCAGCAGAUGCCGCGCGCAUACUGGGAUUAUGACAGUGUCAACAUCAGCUGGGGCGUACUAGAGAACUACGAGGUCGUACGAAAGAUCGGGCGCGGGAAAUACUCUGAAGUAUUUGAAGGCAUCAACGUGGUUAAUUACCAGAAAUGCGUCAUCAAAGUCCUGAAACCGGUCAAGAAGAAGAAGAUCAAGCGUGAGAUCAAGAUCCUCCAGAAUCUUUCCGGAGGACCGAAUAUCAUCGGAUUGCUGGAUGUGGUGCGCGAUAGCCAGUCAAAGACGCCCAGCUUGAUCUUCGAGCAUGUCAAUAAUACCGACUUCCGGACACUGUAUCCGAAAUUCCAGGAUAUGGACGUGCGGUAUUACAUUUAUGAGCUGCUGAAAGCGCUUGACUUUUGCCAUAGCAAGGGCAUCAUGCAUCGCGAUGUGAAGCCGCAUAAUGUCAUGAUCGAUCACGAGAACCGGAAGUUACGACUCAUCGACUGGGGUUUGGCGGAGUUUUACCAUGCAGGUACUGAGUACAAUGUUCGCGUGGCAAGCAGAUACUUUAAAGGACCGGAGCUGCUCGUCGACUUCCAGGAGUACGACUACAGCCUCGACAUGUGGUCACUUGGCGCCAUGUUCGCGAGUAUGAUUUUCCGUAAGGAGCCUUUCUUCCAUGGUAACAGCAAUAGCGAUCAGUUGGUGAAGAUUGCUAAGGUGCUGGGGACGGAAGACCUAUUCGACUACCUGGACAAGUAUGACAUCGAGCUAGAUCAACAAUAUGAUGACAUUCUUGGCCGGUUUCCGAAGAAGAGCUGGCACUCGUUCGUCAGCUCGGAGAAUCAACGGUUUGUGUCGAAUGAUGCGAUCGACUUUCUCGACAAGCUGUUGCGAUAUGAUCAUCAGGAACGGCUUACUGCAAAAGAAGCGAUGGCACAUCAAUACUUCGCGCCGGUUCGCCAGGCUGAGGCGACAGAGCUGCAGAAGACGAACAAUGUUCACCAGUGA